AUGAUGAAGCGGCGUUUACUGAGAGUGAGGAAUGCCCUGGUGCGAGAGUGUAUGGCUGAGUUCUUGGGAACUUUUAUCUUGCUGCUCUUUGGCUGCUCUGCUGCAGCGCAGGUGAAGACCAGCAGAGAGACAAAAGGCCAGUUUCUGUCAGUCAACAUGGCCUUCUCUGUGGGUGUGAUGUCGGCCAUGUACCUCACCAAAGGCAUCACAGGUGCCCAUCUGAACCCAGCGGUAUCUCUGAGUUUCUGUGUGUUGGGGAAGGCGCAAUGGGACAGGUUGCUGCCAUACUGCCUCUCCCAGCUGCUGGGAGCAUAUGUGGCGUCAGGGCUUGUCUAUCUAGUCUACUAUGAUGCUAUUAUGGACUUUAGUGGAGGAGUGUUGACUGUUUAUGGCCCAAAUGAGACAGCCUCAAUAUUUGCCACAUAUCCAUCUGAGUACAUGACUUUGGGCAGAAGUUUCCUUGACCAGGUAGUGGGCACCGCCAUGCUGAUGUUGUGCAUCCUGUGUUUGAAUGAAAAGAGGAAUACCCCUGCUCCCUCAGAGCUGAUCCCUCCUAUAGUGGCAGUGAUCGUUCUGGGGAUCUCCAUGUCAAUGUCAGCUAACUGUGGUGGUGCAAUAAAUCCUGCUCGGGAUCUAGGGCCACGCCUUUUUACACUGACUGCAGGCUGGGGCACAGAGGUCUUCACGUGUUACAACUAUUGGUUCUGGGUUCCCUUGGUGGCCCCACCUAUUGGAGGAGUUUUAGGUAGUUUAAUGUAUUUGUUUUUCAUUGAGUGGCACCUUCCUGAUCCAGACCCUCCAAAGGACCGGUGCAGUCUCUCUACCAUCAGUGAUAUUAUCAAGCAGCCCACCAACACACAGGAAAAUGGGCAAGAGCUCAAGGCUGCAUAUUUUUAA